GGGACAGAGGCCUUGUUCGACACCGCGUGGAGAUUAGGGUGUUUAAUAGGGAACUGCACCAGCCGGGGCGGGGCCGCCCGAGUCCCGCCCUCGGCCGCCUCCGAAACGCGGGCCGGAUGUCGCCCGCAGGAGAAGCGGCCACACUAGUGGUUCCUCUGCGAGGGCGGAAGUGCGCGUCUCGCUCUGGACUGCCGACUCGCCAGCAACAUGGUGGCACCCGUGCUCGAGACUUCUCACGUGUUUUGCUGCCCAAACCGGGUGCGAGGUGUCCUGAGCUGGAGCUCCGGGCCAGGAGGACUUCUGGCCUUUGGCACGUCCUGCUCUGUGGUGCUCUAUGACCCUCUGAAAAGGGUCGUUGUUACCAACCUGAAUGGUCACACUGCCCGAGUCAAUUGCGUACAGUGGAUUUGCAAACAGGAUGGCUCUCCUUCUACUGAAUUAGUUUCUGGAGGAUCUGAUAAUCAAGUGAUUCACUGGGAAAUAGAGAAUAAUCAGCUUUUAAAGGCAGUCCAUCUUCAAGGCCAUGAAGGUCCCGUUUACGCGGUACAUGCCGUUUACCAGAGAGGAACAUCAGAUGCUGCGUUACACACACUGAUUGUUUCUGCAGCUUCAGAUUCCACUGUUCGACUCUGGUCUAAAAAAAGUUCUGAAGUAACAUGCCUUCAGACCUUAAACUUUGGAGAUGGCUUCACUCUGGCUGUCUGCUUAUCUUUUUUGCCUAAUACCAAUGUACCAAUAUUAGCAUGUGGUGAUGAUGACUGCAGAAUUCACUUAUUUGCUCAACAAAAUGAUCAGUUUCAGAAAGUGCUGCUUCUCUGUGGACAUGAGGAUUGGAUAAGAGGCGUGGAAUGGGCAGCUAUUGGUGGAGAUCUCUUUCUAGCAAGCUGUUCACAAGAUUGCCUGAUAAGAAUAUGGAAGCUGUAUGUAAAAUCGACAUCUAUGGAAACUCAGGGUGAUGAUAAUAUAAGACUUAAGGAAAAUACUUUUACUAUAGAAAAUGAAAGUAUUACAAUUGCAUUUGCUGUUACACUGGAGACUGUGCUGGCUGGUCAUGAGAAUUGGGUAAAUGCAGUUCAUUGGCAACCUUCAUUUUACAAAGAUGGUAUUCUACAGCAGCCAAUGAGAUUAUUGUCUGCUUCAAUGGAUAAAACCAUGAUUCUUUGGGCUCCAGAUGAAGAGUCAGGGGUCUGGCUAGAACAGGUUCGAGUAGGUGAAGUAGGUGGGAAUACGCUGGGAUUUUAUGACUGCCAGUUCAAUGAAGAUGGCUCCAUGAUUGUUGCUCAUGCUUUCCAUGGAGCAUUGCACCUAUGGAAACAGAAUGCAGUUAAUCCAAGAGAGUGGACUCCAGAGAUUGUCAUUUCAGGACACUUCGAUGGUGUCCAAGACCUAAUGUGGGAUCCAGAAGGAGAAUUUAUCAUCACUGUUGGUACUGAUCAGACAACUCGACUUUUUGCUCCAUGGAAGAGAAAAGACCAAUUACAGGUAACUUGGCAUGAAAUUGCAAGGCCUCAGAUUCAUGGAUAUGACCUGAAAUGUUUGGCUAUGAUUAAUCGUUUUCAGUUUGUAUCUGGAGCAGAUGAAAAAGUUCUUCGAGUUUUUUCUGCACCUCGGAAUUUUGUAGAAAAUUUUUGUGCCAUUACAGGACAAUCACUGAAUCAUGUGCUUUGUAAUCAAGAAAGUGAUCUUCCAGAAGGAGCUACUGUCCCUGCAUUGGGACUAUCAAAUAAAGCUGUCUUUCAAGGUAGGAGAUAUGGACAUGGUUAUGAAAUAUUUUGUGUUGCUUGUAACAAUUCAAAGACACUGCUUGCCUCGGCUUGUAAGGCAGCUAAGAAGGAGCAUGCAGCCAUCAUUCUUUGGAACACUACAUCUUGGAAACAGGUGCAGAAUUUAGUUUUCCACAGUUUGACUGUCACCCAGAUGGCCUUCUCACCUAAUGACAAGUUCCUACUAGCUGUUUCCAGAGAUCGAACCUGGUCAUUGUGGAAAAGACAGGAUACAAUCUCGCCUGAGUUUGAUCCAAUUUUUAGUCUCUUUGCUUUUACCAACAAAAUUACUUCUGUGCAUAGUAGAAUUAUUUGGUCUUGUGAUUGGAGUCCUGACAGCAAGUAUUUCUUUACCGGGAGUCGGGACAAAAAGGUUGUUGUCUGGGGAGAAUGUGACGCCAGUGAUGACUGCAUCGAGCACAACAUUGGCCCCUGCUCCUCGGUCCUGGACGUAGGGGGCGCUGUGACAGCCGUCAGUGUCUGCCCAAUGUUCAGCUCUUCCCAACGAUAUGUGGUUGCAGUAGGAUUGGAGUGUGGAAAGAUUUGCUUAUAUACCUGGAAAAAGACCGAUCAAGUUCCAGAAAUAAAUGACUGGAUCCAAUGUGUAGAAACGAGUCAAAGCCAAAGUCACACACUUGCUAUUAAGAAACUAUGCUGGAAGAAUUGCAGUGGAAACACUGACCAGAGUGAAGCAGAGGGUUCAGAGUGGUUACAUUUUGCAAGUUGUGGCGAAGAUCACACUGUGAAGAUCUACAGAGUUAACAGAUGUGCGCUGUAAUGGACUAAAUAACUAUGUGCGUGCAGUCAUUGCUGUUUUAAGAUAUUUAUCAUGUAAAUAGAUCACCUUUCUUUACCU